AAAAGAAAAAACGCGAAAAAUAUUGAAUUUAUUAAAAUUAAUUAACUUUCUAAUCGCUUAAUAGAUAUAUCUAAAUGGUAGCUAGUAGCUAAUGUAGUUCAGCAAUGGAUAACAUGGUUUAUAGAGAAAUUAACUUUGAUAGUAUUGUACUUGGAACAUUGAUAUCUGCUGAUUGUGAAGGACUUCUUCAAUGUUCCAAAACUGAGCUGGCUUUUCAAUUAAACUUCCGAUCCGAACAAAAUGAACAGAUUAAGUUCCCGAUAAACAUUUGUGAUGUCAGAAAGAUCUUCAAAACUCUUGCUGAUAAUCAAAUGAUACUAGACUUUAAACUUAAACCAGCAACAAUCAAAACUAUUGGCGAUCUUAUUCGUCGAAGUGGCUUUUACUUCCAGAUUAGCAAGAACUCGGAGGAAGCAAAGUUCCAGAUCUACCUUAAUGACAUAUCUAGUGAUGAUAUUUCAUUCAUUGAAAAGUUUUUCUCAUCGAUAGAUGUGUUUGAUGAGAAUGUAGCCAAGAUAAUGAAGGAACCAGAACCACAACAACAGCAAAGCUCAAAGAAUCACAAGCCAAAUUUGUUUAAACCACGUAAAAAGAAGUUACUAGAUCUAGAUCCUGAAGAUGGAUCACAAGAUUAUCAUCCACAAAAACGUCCACGAAAGCAGAGCUUCUCAAAAGUUAAUGCUGACUGUGAAGUGAUUGAAGAAGCAACUCCAAAACGUAGUUUGAGAGUCAGGAAUCGUGAUGAAGUAAAUUUAUGUGAAGAAAUGUCAGAAGAUGCACAAUUGCAAGAGGCUUUAAAAAGAUCGCUAAAAGGUGUCGAUCCGAUAGUCAUUGAAAGUUUGAGCCACAUUGAGGAUCAAAAAUCAGAAAAGGAUUUGGAACAUGAUGAGAUUUAUGACAAUGUAGAUAAAACAAUUGAAUUAUUUACGUAUAGUACAAGCAAUGGAGACAUCAUUGUUAGAAUGGAAGACUAUUUAUGCCUUUCGCGCAAUGAAUAUCUUAGCGACGUAAUUAUUGACUUUUAUCUUCACUAUAUCUACAAUGUAAAAAUGACACAAGAACAGAGAGAAAAGACUUUAAUUAUAGGAACACACUUUUAUACGUUAUACGCAACUCCGUCCGAAUAUUCUGGUUGGAAUGAUGGAUUAAAUUAUGGUCUUAAUGCUAAAGAGAAGCGUUAUCGACGAAUUGAUGGUAUUUUAAAGAAUGAUGUGAAUAUUUUUGAGAAAGAUUACAUUAUUAUGCCUUUAAUGGAUCAUAAUCAUUGGUUCCUCGCUAUUGUUUGCUUCCCAAAACUCAACGGAAGCUACACAAUUGAUGGGAAUGUUAAAAUUGAUGAAAAUGACAUCAAACGCAAUCCUAAAAAGAUUUAUCAACCUCCAAUUAAGUCCUCGUGCAUUCUCAUUUUUGAUUCAGUCAAAGGAAAUGGAUCUCGACGAACUGUGGCUAUUAAUCAUAUCAAGAAUUUCCUCGAAUAUGAAUGGAUGAAUAAGUAUCAACAGGAAUUCCAUUUUGAUGUUAAAUGCUUGAAUGGACACUCGCCAAAGGUUCCUCUUCAAAUGAACAACGUAGACUGUGGAUGCUUUAUUCUGGAAUUUAUGGAACGGUUUUUUGUUACCUCGCCCAUUGAAGACUUCAGAUUUCCGAUUGAUCUUCUAGACUGGUUCUUAUCCGAAGAAGUUCGUAGCUCAAAGCGACGUGAACUUGCAGAAGUAAUUAAAAAUGUGAUGGAAGCAAACAACAAUCACGUGGAACUUCCAAAAAUCCGAUUUUAUGGUGAUCGAAAGAGAAAAUCCUCAAAAAUUGUGCAAUAUGUUGAUCUUGAUAGUAGUGUUGAGAAUAACAAUAACAAUAAUAAUAAUGAAAAUAUGGAUGAUACAUUUCGUGUUCCAGAAAAUGGAAAUGGCAUUAACGGAAAUAACAAUAACGCCAACAAUAAUGACGAAAACUUCAAUAAUAACAACGAUUUUAAUUGCCUCGAUAGCAAUAAUAUUCUUCAAAAUGGUAAUGCGAUGCUUGAAAAUCAGGAUGCUGUCCAUAAUAUUACUCGAGACGAAGAAUAUAUUGAAGCUAAUGUCGAAAGAGUUACGACUCAAGAAUUAAUGGAUUACCAGCAAGAAUGCUACUUUCAUGAAGAUGGAAAAACUGAAUCUGUUGUCCUUGAUACUAGUGAUGAAAUGGAUGUCAACGAGUCUCCUGAUAAUGGAAUAGAAACGGCAGAAACUGUCAAAAAGGAAGCAAACGGCUUGAAAAGUGAUGCAGAAACCCCAAACAAUGAUGUAAACGACAUUAAGGAAGACGCAAACGUUCGCAAAGUGGACUCAAAUUUCCAUGACAGUUUUUCAAAAUUCUUGCAAAGUAAAAAGACUAUAAAUGAUCCAGAAGUAGUAAAAAGUGAUGAAGACAUCCAGAAAAGUGAUAAAACUAUUAAGGAAAAGGAUUUAAACAUUCAAAGUGACAAGAAACUUCCAGAAAUUGAAGUUGAAAAAAAAGACUCUGAAUCAAGCUUGGAAAUUUAUGAGUCACCGCCUAAAAUUGACCUAACACUCGAUGACUGCGAUGAUAAUGAAGAAGAACCAAAUAACAAGAUCAGUGAUAUUAUUAAGGAUGAUGAAAUGGACAUAGAAUCAGCAAAACAAAAUAAUGAUGAUCAAGAGCCGGAAAAUCAAAAGUCGGAAAAUAUGCAAUCAAUUGCUGACCGAAUUAGUCAAAGUAUUACACUUAAGGAAUCAACAAGCGUACUGUUAGAUUGAUUAAGUUAUCUUUUAAGAAUAUUAAUUGGAUGGAUGAAUGAAUGAAUGAGAUCUGAUGAUUAUGAAGUACAAAUCUCUCGCAGUAAUAUAAUUUAGAAAAGAAAACAAUAAUAUAACAUACUCAAUAUAUCUAAUAUAGGUAGUAAUAUAUUGGAGUAGCACCGAAUAAUUAAUUUUCUACUCAUUAUUAUUAUAAUUUUGGUUAAACCUUUAUUUUUUUUUUACGAAAUUCAUGUAAAACUAUUGAAAAUUACUAAACUAAAUCUUUUUCAUGAUGUGAUGUUAAGCAUUUAAUCAAUGAUCUAGGAGAAAAUAAAGAUUUACAGCA